GCUAUUGGGCAAGCUUUAUUUCUUUAAAAAAAACAUUUUCAGUCAUUAUUAAAUUGAACCACCUGUUAGAACGCCUACAAAUGAGCCAUGGUUUAUGAAAUCAAGUCUACAACAGUUUUGCUAAGUAUUUUCAAAUAACCUUUUCAGACAUGUUUUGACACACGUCUGGGGCAGGUGGAUUUAUGAACCUGGACCCCUUGGAAGCAGUGGUAGCGCCAGAGACCCUCCGAAAAACGGACUUGAUAACUUUCUCUUAAGUUGUUCCUUCAACACGGUACUGAGAGGGAAUGUUCUUUUUAAAAGCACAGAACGGAGGGAACAUGUUUGAAUCAGACAGUAAAUAGGCAUUGCUUUGUCAAUUAACUUCCUUCAACCAACACCACCAAAAAUGCAGCUUGCUGUUUGAUUGUCACUUUAGAGCGUGAGGAUGUGAUCGUGAAUAGGUAAAAGCAGACUCGAUCUUGUGUCCGUUCAAACUAAUAUUUUCCCCUGUUUCAUAAUGUUCGCUUAUAAGGGGCGAGGGAGAAACUAUUGAAGGUUCCAGGUUCCCUCCGGAGCAACCAGAAAGUAUUGGUCAACAUUUGCGGAGCUUGUUAAGAGCAUGUGUACACCUGGGAAGUGGAUGUUAUUUGGGAAGAGCUGCUUGGAGCAAUAUCUUCAGGGCUUUAAAAUGUGCGGUUCAAAUUCUAAAACCAUUGGGACUAUGUCUUUUUUUAAAAACUCAAUGUAUAAAUAGUGUCCUUCAGACAAUUUGAAGAAACGUAAAUCUUAAAUACCAGCGAAAUGUUUAUGUUUUCAAUUGUUAAAUUGUUGUGCAAGUCACCGAAGAAUGUUUUAUAUCGUAUAAAAGCAUGAAGAGAUGAAAUGAAUGUCAGUUUUAAUUCACGGCUUUUCCCGUGAUUUUCAUCGAGGAUUUUUAAUGUAAACAGUUUUCGAACUGCAUUCUCAUUUCACAAAUUGGGCUGAGAAACACCUAUCACAUUUAAUUAUUAAUCUGGAAAUUCUUUAAAAGCAUCAUUAGCGGCAGCCCUCUGUUGAUUUACUGGCGAAGUUGCGAUUUGGUUCUUGCAAUCCAAUUCCCUCUCUGAACACUAAACCGGAGUAUGUCUCUGGUAUUGCCACAGCUCCGUACGCGAUAAUUAACCGCAACCUGGCCAUAAUUUGGGUGUAGGUUAACGUGAAACAUGUUGCUUUCGUCCCAGGUUAUUGUCAAACUGAAACCAGGCGAAUAAACAAGGUUGGACAUUAUGUGUGACCAAGAGACCAUCCUUUUGUUUUAAAAAGUGUUGAAUUUUGACAGCGCCGUUGAAUAUACUUGCCGUUUCCAGCAGUAUCUCCCAAUUUUGACAGCGGAAGUAUCUGGUGAACAUCAAAGAGUGGAGCGGUCAUCCAGCGUGGAAGUGUUCUGGAAGAUACCUUCAAGUCACUUCUCAAUUCAGUGAUUUGAAUACCCCGCAGUUGGUACCCACUCCCAGUAACAUAACACAAUCAUGUUUUCUGGUGAGUUCUGCCGAUUAUAACACUUAAGAACACCACAGGUGGAAGAAAACGCCUUAAACCAACAGCGUGCAAAGGUGCGGUCAGGAAAUCUGUGCCUGGUUUUGCGGCAUACCUCGUUAAUAGCUCUGCAAUGAACACAAGCACUCGCGGUAUCUAAUAAACGGGGAAUCUAGUUGCAGAACAGAAAUGUAUGCGAAAGAGUGGUAAGCAGUCACUCGAACUUGCUUCUACUCUGUCUACAGCAAAAAUAGACGCUUAUUUUCCCCGUGUAAUAGCGGCUUGGUUAAGCCUGAAUCUGUGCGGCUCUGUUCUGACAAGCUGCUGAAUGUGUUAUACAUGUGUGUUGCCUGAUGGUGGUGAGGUGGGUAGGACAGUCUUAUUUGCCGAGAUUGUCCAGAAAUUACACUCCACACAGGAGAGUGCAGUUUAAAUUGUGGAGCACUGGGCGCGGAUACGACACUCAAACGGAAUGCCAUUUCCACGGGCGUUAUGCAAUAGCCUGGGAAUGAUAAACUUUCUCAUCUCAUGUACACUCUAUUUGCAAGCCGUCUGUCAAGAUGCAGAAUACACCGAAACGCAGCUUGAAACUAUCCCUGUGGCUUCUUCAGAAUCCUUGCCUCAUUUUCUGGUUGAACCAGAGGAUGUGUACAUUGUAAAAAACAAACCUGUCACCUUGAUCUGCAACGCAACACCAGCCACACAGAUUUACUUUAAAUGCAAUGGUGAAUGGGUGCAUCAGAUGAAUCAUGUAACAGAAGAGACCAUAGAUAAAAUUACAGGACUCCCAGUACUACAAGUUCGAACUGAUAUUUCACGGCAGCAAGUAGAGAAAAUGUUUGGCUUAGAAGAAUAUUGGUGCCAAUGUGUGGCCUGGAGUACCACAGGCACUACUAAAAGCCGAAAGGCGUUUGUCCGCAUUGCAUAUCUGCGGAAGAACUUUGAACAAGAACCAUUAGGGAAAGAGGUUCCAUUGGACCAAGAGGUUUUACUCCAUUGUCGACCUCCAGAGGGCAUUCCAUCAGCAAAAGUGGAAUGGUUGAAGAAUGAAGAAGUGAUUGACCCAACUCGAGAUCCUAACUUCUACAUCACCAUGGACAAUAAUUUGAUCAUCAAAGAAGCUCGUCUAUCUGACACAGCAAAUUACACGUGUGUGGCAAAGAAUAUAGUGGCCAGACGGAGAAGUGCAACUGCAGCUAUAACAACAUAUGUAAAUGGUGGCUGGUCUACUUGGUCACAGUGGGAGUCCUGUAGCACUACCUGUGGUAAAGGAUGGCAGAAAAGGACACGCACCUGCACCAGCCCCAGCCCUCAGAAUGGUGGGUCAUUCUGUGAUGGACAGAACACUCAAAAAGCAGCCUGCACAAUCUUGUGUCCAGUGGAUGGAAGUUGGACCGAAUGGAGCAAGUGGUCAGCAUGUGGAUCAGAGUGCACACAUUGGAGAAAUAGAGAAUGUUCGGAACCAGCACCAAGAAACGGUGGGAAAGAAUGUGAUGGCCUUGAUAUGGAGUCAGAAAAUUGCACAAAUGGUUUAUGUCCACAAGCUUCUACAGUACCUGGUGAUGUUGCACUAUACACUGGUGUUGUGGCAGUAGCUGUAUGCCUAACCUUACUGAUGGUUGUAGUAAUCCUCGUUUAUCGAAGAAAACAGCAAGAUUUUGAUUCUGAUGUAACUGACUCUUCAAUUUUAACAACAGGAUUCCAACCUGUGAACAUUAAAACACCAAAACAAGAUAACUCCCAUUUGCUUACAAUUCAGCCUGACCUCACAAGCACAUCAGCAUACCAAGGCUCAAUCCGCUCACGACAAGAUAUCUCAGACAAGAUUCCAAUGACUAACUCUCCCCUUCUGGACCGGCUUGCAAAUGAAAGACAUACAUUACGCAAUGGUACAGUACAUUCUGAUACUUCAAACCUUAUGGCAAGACUCUCGAUGCAAAUGAACAACAAAUCAUUAUUGAGGGAUGCUUCAAAUACCGCAUUUGGAACUUUUAAUUUUUUAGGUGGCCGCCUUACCAUUCCAAACAGAGGGAUUAGUAUAGUCAAAUCAUCAUCCAGUGUUCAAAAAGCUCAUGAAGUAUUACAUCUGGGGAAAGAAGUUCCUUCCAAUCCCUAUUAUUGCCAGCUUGAUGGUCAAAUGUCCCAUAUAUUUACUGAGACACUGGGCAAAUACACCUUAGUUGGUGAAUCACUGAAUGUGACUGCAGCAAAGCGCCUAAGGCUAGUUCUGUUUGCACCAGGAACAUGCACAUCAUUGGAGUAUAGCAUACGGGUCUAUUGCCUGGAAGAUACUCAAAAUGCAUUCAAGGAAGUGAUGCAACUGGAGAAACACCUUGGAGGGCAACUUUUAGAUGAGCCGAAGGUUCUUCACUUUAAAGACAGCUAUCAUAACUUACGACUUUCUAUACAUGAUAUCCAAAAAUCUCUCUGGACAAGUAAGCUGCUGGACAGCUAUCAGGAAAUUCCAUUUUAUCACAUUUGGAAUGGCUGUCAAAGAAACCUGCAUUGUACCUUCACUCUGGAGCGGUAUAGUCUGUCCACAACCGAACUCAUUGGUAAAAUUUGGGUUUGGCAAGUUGAAGGAGAAGGGCAAAGUUUUCACAUUCAUUUCAACUUUCUGAAGGACGUGAGGCAGGCAGACUUUCAAUUUAUGGAGCCAAACCAUUGUGCCACAUCUUUAGCAGGACCUUGUGCUUUUAAAAUCCCUUAUCUGAUCCGACAGAAGAUUUGUAGCAGUCUGGAUAUUCCAAAUUCAAGAGGAAGUGACUGGAGAAUGCUGGCAUAUAAAUUGAAAUUAGAUCGGUAUCUCACUUACUUUGCAUCUAAAGCUAGUCCAACCUCUGUGAUUCUUGAUUUAUGGGAAGCUCAGCACUUUCAUAAUGGCAACCUGAACCAUCUUGCCAUGAUCAUGGCAGAAAUGGGAAAGCAAGAACCAAUGAUAUUUGUUGUAUCAGAGGCAGAAUGCUGAGUUGAUUGGAAUAUGUCACUGACAUGUUUUGAAAAUUCAUUUUAUGAGAACACUCAUUCAGAAUUCACUGAAAUCUUGCUUAAGCAGUAAUUAUUUCAUCCUAACCAAGAUUAAUAUAUUUUCAUUGAAUUAAGGCUUCUAUGUAGAUUUGCUAAUUUUGUGAGCAAAUAUUUAUGAAUGAAUUUGAUUUUGUAUUGUUAAGUAUGUUCAUUAAUUCAAAAAGCUUCAAAGUAUUUCUAUUUGACCCUUUAAGGCUCAUAUGAUAAACAAACCACAUGAAGAGGCACAGAGCAAGAUGAUAAGUGCGAGAGCUAAUCCUUUCCCUGUUGUUAAAUUAACAAAUUCCAGUUACAGUAAAGCAUUACAGCCCCACGCAUUGCUCAACUAGAGAAUGGAAGCAUCAGCAAGGAUGCCCACUCUUGUUUAAUUAAUUACAAUGGCCAAACGUUUUUGUGUGGAAGGUAGAUAAAGACAAGAUUUACUAAGAUAGUAUAACACUAUAGUCAAAUAUUCCACAAAUGAGGGUUAGCAUUUUGGUGAGCUGAUGGAUGACAUCUAUUCAAGCUCAAGACAUUAAUUUACAGAGAAAUAUUAAAAUGUGUUGGAGGGUAUCUUCAGCAUCAUUAUUUGGCUGAAAGGGUCUGGCAGAUAGUAAGCCAAUUGUUGAACUCACCUAAGUUUUGAGAAUUAUAUUCAACCUCUUCACUAAGACAGUCUACUUUCAUCUUUUAGACAUCACCCAAUUCACCUUUGUUUCAGCUGACCUGUUGAAAAAGCUACCAUUCAUGCUCUAUUUCCUCUAGACUGGGCUACUUUAACGCACUGUUUGUUGAUCCCCCAUGUUUUACCUUCUACAGACAUGAGAUCAUCUAAAAGUCUCUGUGUCACUGCUUACUGUCCUUGGAUCACCAUUAUGCUCACUGACCUAUAUUGGCUCCUGGCUUAGCAGCAUACUGGUUUUAACAUUCUCAUCCUAGUUUUCAAAUCCCUCCCAUUUUUCUGUCUCUAUCUCCUCCAGUCCUACAAUCUUGAGUUACAGUGCUCCUCUAAUUCUGGCCUCUUGUGCAUUGCUAUUGAUGACCCAGCCUUCAGUUGCCUUGCCAUCAAGAUCUGGCAUACCCUCCCUACAUCUCUCAAAAUCUGUAUUACACUUCUCUAUUUGAUGAUGCUCUUUAAAAUCUAUCCCAUUGCCUAAGCCUUUGGUCAUUUGAUCUGAUAUCUCCUUAUCUGGCUGAGUGUCUUACUUUGUUUUAUAAUCCUUCUGUGAAGUGUCUUGGGAUGUUAAAGACACAACAUGAAUAUAGGUCGUUGUUGCUGUUGUUCAAUAUUACAUAAGCAAUCCACUCUUUCAGCUAAUGAUUUGGACGGUGAAGUUGAAACUGACCUCUAGAAUUACAGCCAAUCGCAAGGUUAAUAAUCCAUUCUGUGAAAAGAAAGUUGUUGUUCAUUUCUUUUGCCAAAUGUACAUUAAAACAAAGAUAUGCCAUGCUAUUGAUAAUUAUCUCAGUUUUUUUUUGUUGACCACCUCAGCAAAAUUUAUAUGGCAUUUCAAUUUAAGCUGAUUUUCCUGAGACCAGGUAGUAGCAAAACUGCACAUGCAUUCAGGACAGUCAAUUUUCAGUGUAUGAAAUCAAGGAAAUGCUAAGUGAACUAUGUCUAUAGCUUUAGGAUAUAUUGCCUCAGUAUUGUACAUCAAUUUCAGAAAACCUCCACUAAAGUCCCUUGUUACUUAAAUGGAAAAGCACAGAGCGCAUGAAUGUCCUGAAACAAAGCUGGAGAAACUCUGUGGAAACUCUAUCU